UCAUUAUUGACAAUAUGGCGGAAUCUUCUCCCAAAAUUGCUGUCGUUUCCGCUUCUUCACAUACUCAAAAGCGGUUUACUGCCGACUCAAAAGGAGAGGGAAAAGUUGUAAAAACCAAAGAAACCUCCAGGAGACGAUAUGCCAAUCAAAUACCCGACGAGAUACUGAAUAACACUCAAAUCAACGACGCUGUAUCCCUCCUACCUUCUAAUUAUAACUUUGAGAUACACAAGAGCAUAUGGCGGAUCAAACAGACCCAGGCAAAGAGAGUUGCCCUUCAGAUGCCAGAGGGUCUCCUAUUAUAUGCAACGAGUAUCAGCGAUAUAAUAGAGACUCAUACUGAAGCUCAAGUACUUAUCAUGGGCGACGUGACCUACGGCGCUUGCUGUGUAGACGAUUUCACAGCCAGGGCACUUGGCACCGACCUCAUAAUACAUUAUGGUCACAGCUGCUUGGUACCCGUUGACACAAUGAGUGAUAUACACAUGCUUUAUGUGUUCGUGGACAUUCAAAUAGACAAUGUUCAUGCAAUUGAUACGAUAAGACAAAACUUCACUCCAGGCAGUACUAUUGCUAUUGUUAGCACUAUACAGUUUGUUGCUGCAGUUCAUGCUAUUAGACCGGUUUUAUCCGACAAGUAUAAUGUUAUAGUUCCUCAGUCAAAACCUCUUUCUCCUGGUGAGAUACUAGGGUGCACGUCACCGUCCCUCCAGUGUGCUGGUGGGACGAAGGUCGAUGGUAUAGUGUACCUGGGGGAUGGGAGGUUCCAUUUGGAAUCAAUAAUGAUUUCUAAUCCAGACAUACCUGCUUAUAAAUAUGAUCCAUAUUCUAAGAGGUUUACCCGUGAACAUUAUGAUCACGAGAAGAUGAGAGACACAAGACACUCUUUAAUAAGAGUAGCAGCUGCUGCCGAGCGAUAUGGUCUUAUACUGGGUACCCUAGGGAGACAAGGAAGUCCUAAGGUGCUCACCAACUUGAAGGAGUUACUGGAUAAAGCAGGAAAGGAGCACUUCACUCUUUUGCUCUCUGAAAUAUUCCCUGAUAAGCUGAAGCUUUUUGGCGAUUCUAUUGAUGUAUGGGUGCAGGUGGCUUGUCCGCGACUCUCGAUCGAUUGGGGCACUGCGUUUGAUAAGCCACUCCUGACUCCUUAUGAGGUAGCUGUAGCAUUGAAUAGCACUCAAUGGUCAGUGCCUUAUCCAAUGGAUUAUUAUGCCAAUGAGAGUACUGGCCCAUGGACUGUUAAUCAUCCUAAUAAUAGAACUAAGAAACUAACUGCCAAGAGGUAGUAAUAAUUUCUAU